AUGCCAGGACUCAGCACCCCAAAGCAACCGGAGAUGUUGAAUCUUGCCAACGCCAGUGUCAAGGACCUUCUUCACGCCCUCGAUAUCCGCGCGGUAACUAGUGUUCAGCUCGUCUCGUGUUAUUUUCACCGAAUCGGAUCCUUCGACUGCCGCGGCCCUUCAUUGAACUCAGUGUGUGUUCUGAACUUCAACGCCUUGGAGGAGGCACAGGAAUCGGACGAUUAUCGUGCAAGUGGCCGACCGCCACGCCCACUCGAGGGAAUCCCCUUCACGGUCAAAGACAGCUUCUUGGUUAAAGAUAUGACAGUUGCAGCUGGGUCUCCCGCCUUUGCUGAUCUGAUGUCGACCCAGGAUGCAGCUGUUGUUACCAUGCUCCGGAAUGCCGGAGCUGUGGUGAUUGGCAAGACGAACAUGCCAGCAAUGGCAGAUGGCGGACCACAGCGAGGUCUGUACGGCAGGGCAGAAAGUCCUUACAAUAUGAAGUAUUCCACUACUGCCUAUGCAUCUGGUUCCUCCAAUGGCUGCGGAACAUCUACCACAGCCAGCUUUGCGGCAUUUGGCUUGGCUGGAGAGACCGUUUCCUCUGGUCGCUCGCCUGCCUCGAACAAUGCACUCGUUGGGUACUCGCCUUCCAGGUGCAUGAUACCCAACAGAGGCCAAUGGCCGCUUUAUCCGACAUGCGAUGUCAUCGUUCCUCAUGCAAGGUCAAUGGAAGAUUUGUUCUUUGUGCUCAAUGUCAUUGCAACCGAUGACCCAGAUGCCGCAGAAGGAAUCGACUUCUGGAGGAAUCAAGCGUUUGUUCCAAUCCCGAGAGUCGCCGAAGUUCGCCCAAAAAGCUAUCACAACCUAGCAGACCUAAACUCUCUGGCGGGAAAACGUAUUGCUGUUCCCCGAUGCUUCAUUGGCGCACCGUCCGCAAGGCCAUACCACGUGUGCACUGAGCCAGUACAACAACUUUGGCAGAAGGCUAAGGCCACACUGGAGUCCCUUGGGGCGACGGUCAUUGAAGCAGACUUCCCCCUACUCGAGCGAUACAUGAAACAGGACUUCCCGGGACAAAGUUGCAAUGUACCUGGGAUAUCCAAUGAGUGGACCAGUGUUGAGCGUUGUAAAAUGAUUGCAACAGCAUGGGACGACUUCCUCCGCAUCAACAGCGAUGAAAACUGUUCGAACCUUCUCGCAUCCGAUCCUCACAAUAUCCACCCUCACGUUGCGCCUAUGGACGAUCCUUCAAACCACACCGAGGCACAAAACCAAGUUCGAUACCCAGAGAUGUUUGACUCCGUGAGGGAUAGGCAUCACACACUCUAUACUCUUCCUGGAGUCGCAGAGGCAGCAAAAGCCUUAGAAGACAUGCGGAAGAAGGAGUUCGAAGAUUGGAUGGACCUUCAUGCUUUCGACCUCCUCGCAUUUCCCACAAAUGGCGAUGUUGCUGCAGCAAAUUCCGACGAGGAUCUCGAGUCGAUGAUCCACGCUCUUCAAGAUGGUGUAAAAUACGCCAACGGGGGUCGAGCCAUGAAGCAUUGUGGGAUUCCGUGCAUAACACUUCCCAUGGGCACAUUGCAAGACCAAAAGAUUCCCGUGGGUGUGACUUUUGCAUGUAGAGCAUACUCGGAUAAUGACAUGCUCCGAUGCGCGUAUGCAUAUGAGGCAGCUUCACAGGCUCGGACCGCCCCUAAUUUGACGCCGUCUAUUCCAUCAGAUCACAUACCGCUUGUGCCUUCGGGCGCAGGAGAUUCAACGGCCAAGCCAAUCCUUGAUGUAUCCUCAAAAUGGGCCCCAAUGGAAGUGUCUGAGGACAAUAUUCAUGGUCAAAUAUCCUUGGAGGGUACUGUACGAUCAAGCGACCCUAAAGUUGACGUGGGCUCUGUCAGAAUCUUUGUCGACGGCGUUAAGCUAUCAGAAAUUUCUCCUCAAGGCGAGAAGUGGAAAUGGGAAAGUCGCCUUUCUCGGCCUAAAGUUGUCGACCGUUUCCCGACAAUGGCCAAGGUUCCCAAGGAUCACCACCUCGUGCUCAUCGUGGCUAAUCUGACAAACGGAAGAAGUGCGGCGUCCAUGUUGCUCGUAGACUAG